AUGGAAUCAAAUAAUGGGACUAUACAAUCCUAUGAAGUAAUGAUUCAGAAAUUGUUGAUGGGCGAUGAUAAAAUUGGUUUAGAUCUUAUCUAUCAAGAUUCCUAUCCAACCAAUGUUCAUGUUCCGGUUUUUAGUGAUGAUAAGAUUUCGAAAAAUGUUUUUGUUUUUUCUCAAUCUAUAUUGGAUUCCAGGAUUGAAAAGAGUGCCAAACUAGAGGAAAAACUCUUAAGGUAUAUUCAAGCAAGUUUAAGAUCGCAAUACAACAUCCAAAUUGAUGGUGUUUUCGAAAAAAUUACAAACGGAGGAUUGACGAGAAAUUUGUACUUUACUUCAGCAAAAGAUGCUAAAUGUAACAUCAAAACUUCAACUUUACAAACUUGGGAUGGACCAAUCAUCAGCUUGGAAAGUAUUAUGUACAAUAACCAAUAUCUUAAAACUAAAAAAUCCAAAGCCCAAUUCGUCACAAGAACUUUCUUUGACUUGUGUAUGUCAGUACAAGAAUUGCACGAUGCAAACAUUAGCCACAACAGCAUUCUUCCAAAGAACAUUUUAAUUCUUGCUAAGAGUAUUGAAGGAAUGUAUGAUGGAGAGGUUUUACUUCAAAUUCCAAGUUUUGGAAUUGAAACCAUUAAGGAGACUUUGAAUGAUGAACAUGUCACUUAUUACUCAAGGGAAGCAUAUGAAAGUGAUAAUGAUUUUGAACCAUCGAACGAUGUUCAUAUGCUUGGUACUAUGAUUUUGAGUAUUUUGUGUAAUGAAGAAAUAGAUGCCAAAAUGUUGGACCCUCAAAAUUGGAAAAACGAAUUACAAUUUGUGAAAGACAAGGCUCAAAGAGCUCUAACUGAUUUAUCAUCAAUUGAUAUUACUAUUGAAGUAACUAUUCAAAAACUGUUGAAUCUUGCUCUGCAAUGUAUUUCAGUUGAACCAGAAAAGAGACCAAAUAUUGAAGAAAUUAUUUCAGUUUUAGAUAAAUGCCGAGAAAGGUUAGGAUUAAUAGAAAGUGACGAGGAAGAUUUGAUGCCAAGACAAGCACAAAAGAAAACCAAAACAACAAGAGCUUUUUCUAUUGGUAAAAGAGAAACCAGUACGUCAAGCUCAACAACUUCGUCAAGUAGUUCAACAUCCACCAGUGAGAAGAAAUCAAGGUCUUGGAAGGCUCUCAUCAAACCAUUUACAGCACUGUUUACAAAGAAGAAUAGUAAGGAUCUUGAGGAGGGUUUGAAAAAGAAGGAUUCCUAUCAAGUAACAACGAGACUGAGUGAUGGCGCUUCAGCUAUUGUUUUUCUUGCCACUAAAAAGGAAACUAAUGAGAUUUGCGUGCUUAAAAAAUACAAAGAUGGAGCCCAAAGAGAUUUUGAUAGAGAAGUGGAAUGUCUAAAACUGUUCAAACAUAAGAAUAUUAUUCAAAUGUUGGACUAUUUUUCUUAUGAGGAAGUAGAUGAUUCAAACAAGAAAUCUCUUUGUAAUGUACUAGUAAUGGAAUAUUGUAAAUAUGGAGAUCUUUUUACUCAACAAAUUAGUUUUGUUGGUACAAAAGGAAAGAAGGUCAAAUAUAUGAAACCACUCAAAUAUUUGAAAUUAGUAGUUGAUUUACUGAAUGCAAUGCAUCUUGUUCAUUCAACUGGAUACGUUCAUUCAGAUGUAAAACCACAAAACAUUUUAAUAUCACAAGAUGGAAUUAGAUUGGCUGAUUUUGGGUUCUCUGUAAAGGUUAAUGAUCCUGUGAUUGGGGGUACUAUGAGAUAUCUUCCUCCAGAACACAAUGAAGGCCAACCAGCUUCAAAUACUAUUGAUGUUUACAGUAUUUGUUAUUCAUUAUUCGAAGUUUUAAGCAAAAAGAAAAUCAAUCUUCAAGCCAAGAUAACAUCGAAAGAAGAAUUUGAAAAAUUAUGGGAAGAAAACCUUAAAGAAAACCAUCACUUUUCUCGUAUUGCCAAACAUGGUAAAAAGAAGUGUAAUCACCACUUUGUUGAACCUCUGAUAGAUCUUCUUUCCCGAGGGCUUGAUCCAAUUCCUUCUAAAAGAUUAGCCUCACAAGAUGCACUCACAAUAGCUGUUAAUACUUGUAAAAAUCAUGCAGCAGUUGUUAUCCAAAAAGAAGUUAGAGGAUUCCUAGUGCGAAGAAGACUCAAUAAGAAGAAACAAUAA